AUGAAUGGUGCACGAUGCGCACACACGGCAUCCGUGUUAGCCAAUGGAAAAGUGUUAGUUACUUGUGGAUGGAUUGGUUCUACUUCUAUGAGUAGUACUGAAUUGUAUGAUCCGUUAAUAGGAACGUGGACAACAACUGGUAGUAUGAAUACUAUACGACACUGGCAUGCAACAUCCUUAUUAACUAAUGGGAAGGUGCUUAUGACUGGUGGAUUGAGUGGUAGUUUUUAUCCAAAUAGUACUGAGUUAUAUGAUCCAUUAAUAGGAACCUGGGCUACCACUGGUAGUAUCAUUAAUACACGAUAUUUGCACACAGCAACUGUAUUAACUAAUGGAAAAGUGCUAGUUACAGGUGGAUAUAGUAAUGGUUCUUCUCUGCAUAGUGCUGAAUUAUAUGAUCCACUAACAGAAACGUGGACAGCGGCCGGUAGUAUGAAUAUUGCACGACAUUGGCACAUGGCAUCAGUAUUAACGAAUGGAAAAGUAUUAGUUACUGGUGGUUUAAAUACUAGUACUUCUCUAAAUAGUGCAGAGUUGUAUGAUCCAUUGUUAGGAACGUGGACAACAACUGGUAGCAUGAAUACGGAACGAGCUUAUCACACAGUAUCCUUAUUAACAAAUGGAAAAGUCUUAGUAGCUGGAGGAAGAAUUAGUUUUUCUUCUCAAGCUAGUGCAGAAUUGUAUAAACCAGUAACAGAAACGUGGACAAUAACUGGUAGCAUGAACACUGCCCAAUUUGGACAUACAGCAUCCUCAUUAACAGAUGGAAGAGUCUUAGUGGCUGGUGGAUGGAAUUUACAUGCUUGGAAUACUACAGAAUUAUAUUAG